UCUCCGGUUUCCCUCCCAAAACCGAUUUCGAUUCUCAAACCUUCCUUCUUACUCUAAAAAAUCCCUCUCUUCUUCAUUCUUCAAAUCGCAUUCCAAUUUUGAAAACCCUAAAAAAAUUCCCAAUUCUUCGUGAAAGUGCUGAGCCUGAAGCAUACUUGUUCCUAUGUUCAGCAAUCGUAGUAGCGGUCAGUUUGGUCAACAAGAAACAUCAUGUCACUUGUUGCUAAAAGAACUCCAGAUAAUAUGGGAUGAACUUGGAGAGUCUGAUUCUCAUAGGGAUGCAAUGUUGCUGGAAAUAGAACAGAAGUGUCUGGAUUUUUAUAGAAAAAAAGUGGAUGAAGCCAAACUGUGUAGAGCACAGAUUCAGCAGGAGAUUGCUGACUAUAUGGCAGAGAUUUCCAGCGUCUGUGCAGCAAUGGGAGGACAACCAUUACACUUUGAUCCAAAGUCUUGUGGAAGCUUGAAGAAAGCACGUGAAACAGUAGUUACACAACUUGAGGAAAUGCGAAAGCUGAAAACUGAAAGGAAGAAAAAGUUUUCAGAAGUAUUAUAUCAGUUGAAGAUUAUUUCUAGCGAGCUUUAUGACUCCAUGGUGGUUAAUGCAUUUUUAGAUGAGAACAACUUGUCUUUGAAAAGACUAGAGGAACUACAGAAGCAGUUACUUCAAUUACAAAAUGAAAAGGCCAAUCGACUGAAGCAGGUGUCUGACCAACUGAACACUCUCAAUUCAUUGUGCUUGGUCCUUGGUUUGGAUGUCAAAGACAAAAUUUGUGAGAUUUGCCCCACUAUGGUUAAUUCCACAGAGACAAAAGAUGUUAGUGAUAAUACAAUAAAGAAUUUGACUUAUGAAAUACAAAGUUUGAGAGAGGUUAAAAUACACAGAAUGCAGAAGCUUCAAAGUCUCGCAGCUGCGCUAUUAGAGAUGUGGGAUUUGAUGGAUACACCAUUGGAGGAACAGCAGAAAUUUCACCAUGUGACAUAUAAAAUUGCUGCUUUGGAAUCUGAAUUUACUGAGUCUAAAUUGCUUUCAAUUGACUCCGUUAUUUAUGUUGAGAAGGAAGUUGAAAGACUUCAAGAACUUAAAUCAACCAAAAUGAAAGAACUAAUACUAAAGAAGAAGUUGGAGUUAGAAGAAAUAUGCAGAAAAACACAUCUGACUACACAAACAGUUUUUCCAAGCCAACAUUCACUUGAGCUUUUAGACUAUGAUCAAAUUGAGCACCUAAUUACUAAGACAAAAGAAGAAGCUCUUAGCAGGAAAGAAAUCCUUGAUAAGGUUGAGAAGUGGUUGGCUGCAUGUCAAGAAGAAAGCUGGCUAGAGGAAUACAAUAGGGAUGAUAAUCGUUAUAAUGCUGGAAGAGGUGCACACCUUGCCUUAAAACGUGCUGAGAAGGCUCGUGCUUUAUUAAACAAAAUUCCCGGGAUGGUAGAGGCAAUAAUUUUAAAAGUUAAAGCAUGGGAAGAAGAAAGAGAAGUCGAGUUUUUGUAUGAUAGAAGCCGGCUACUUUCCAUGCUUGAAGAUUACAGCACAUUAAGGCAAGAGAAAGAGAAUGAAAGGCAAAGGCAGAGGGAUCAAAAGAAAUUUCAGGGACAACUAAUGGCAGAGCAUGAAACACUUUUUGGUUCAAAACCCAGCCCAUUAUCUAAAAGUGGGAUCAAGGCUGCCAGAUGUUCAACAGGAAUUCCAAGUUUCAGAAAAUUUUCUGUUGGUGGAGCAAUGCUUCAGGAUCCAAGACAUGCUUCUCUUAUUCAGCAAUCUAAUAAAAAGGGUAACAAUACCAAUCAGAAAGGCUCCAUCCUUCGCAACAAGAAUACUUACCAUUCAUCUCAAUCCUCAGUGAAGAAGACUGCACACAAUGCAGAAAAGGGAAUUGAAAUUCAGUCAUCAUUGACUAGGAAGCCCCUCUAUCCUGUUUCUCCCACAGUCCUGUCUAUAGCCAACAUAUCAAAUAUUCAAGAAGACCAAAAGAAACUGCAGAAUUUAGGAACACAAGCAAUACUGCAAAAGAGCCAAAUGCUAACUGGAACUCCACCUUUCUUGACGUAUAUAGUUGGCGAUGAAGAAAACAUGACACCAAAGAAUAUGGCACUUCCAGUGCCUACCACGCCCUUAACUUCAGUCCCUAUGUUGACUGCCACUACACCAGACAGUGUGUAUUCUGCUUCAAAGACUAGUCAGUCAUGUGAAUACUCAUUUGAGGAGGUGAGAGCUGGUUUUAUGCUACCAAAAACCUAUGCUCAAUGAUUCACAGUUUGGAGGGGAAGUUCAAUUCAAUCAACACAUGAUAGGUAGAACUGUUUGAAUACAAGUUUAUAAGAACUUUUGAAAAAAGAACUUUUUAACUGUAGAGAAGCUCUUAUAAAUUUGUAUUUAAAAAGUCUCUCAGUUUGCCAGUUAAUUUUCUGCUUUGCAAAUUGCAAUAAGAAUAUUGUCAACUUCUUUUGUUGUUUUUGAGGAAUGCUGGUUUGGUGGCCUCA